AUGUCGGAUCUGACACCAAUUAAACUACCUUCGUCUGCUCCAUUUCCCGUAAUUAUCUCAUCCAUACAAUGCAAAAAGGGAGAUUCGAUAUCAAAACACGAGACUAUUUUCAAAUACAAGUAUUGGGUGUACCAAGAUGAUCCCAAUUCAAAAGAAGACCCACCGAAAAAGAUGCGUGCUGAAUGUAUAGGAACUUUUGAAAGUCCUAUUGAAGGAACAGUUGAAUCGAUAAAUAUUCAUCCACAAGAAGAAGUUAUGCAUAGCGAUGUUGAAAUAUUACACAUAAAAGAAGCUUGUGCUCAUACGGUGCAAUAUGGUGGGUUAUGUGCAUUAUGUGGGAAGUCACUUGAAGAGGAACGUGAUUAUUCAGGAUAUGAUUAUGAAGAUAGAGCAACGAUAGCUAUGUCGCAUGACAAUUCGGGAUUGAAGAUCAGUUUUGAUGAGGCAGCCAAGAUUGAACAUAGUACCACUGAUCGAUUAAAUGAGGAAGAGAAGUUGAUUUUGGUUGUAGAUUUAGAUCAAACGGUGAUUCAUGCAACUGUUGAUCCGACGGUUGGAGAAUGGCAACUGGACCCUUCCAAUCCAAACUAUCCAGCUGUGAAGGAUGUGAAAACCUUUUGUUUAGAAGAAGAUCCAAUCGUACCACCGGGCUGGACAGGACCCAAAUUAGCUCCCACCAAGUGUUGGUAUUACGUCAAAGUGCGACCAGGAUUAUCGGAGUUUUUACAAAAGAUGGACACAAAAUACGAAAUGCAUAUAUAUACCAUGGCAACAAGAAAUUAUGCUUUAGCAAUUGCCAAGAUCAUUGAUCCUGAUGGAAAGUACUUUGGUGACCGAAUUUUGAGUCGUGAUGAAAGUGGAUCACUUACACAUAAAAAUUUGAAGAGAUUAUUCCCCGUUGAUCAGUCAAUGGUUGUGAUUAUUGAUGAUAGGGGUGAUGUUUGGCAAUGGGAAAACAACUUGAUCAAAGUAGUGCCUUAUGACUUCUUUGUUGGUAUUGGUGAUAUCAAUUCCAGUUUUUUGCCAAAGAAAAAUGGUCAAUUGACCGGGCCCAUAAAAAAGAGAAAAUCGGUAGCCAAAUUGGAGGCAGCAGCUGAGUUGAGUAAAGAAGAGGGGGAAGCUAAACUACAAGUAGGUGAAACCAAUGGUGUACAAGAACACGCACAGGAAAACUCGCCCAAUACAGUUGACAGAAUUAUUGAAUUGGGUGGGGGUGAAGGAAAUACUAAUUUGCUAUUGGAGCAGUCCAUCACGCGAAACCAAUCUAUUGAACAGCAGCAGCAUGAACGACCUUUGGCAAAACUACAACACGAUUUGGAGCAAUUACAAGAGAAGUCAGAUGGUGAGAAAUCAUCGCAUUCUGAGGAUGCCGAAGAUGAAGAAGAGGAAAAUUUGUUAUAUGAUGAUGAUAAUGAGUUGAUGUCACUUGUGAAGGUGCUAGAUAAUGUUCACGAAGAGUAUUAUAAUUUGUAUGAUGAUACUAAAGCCAAGUUGCAUAGUAUCAAACCUGAUUUAACCAAGAUAAUACCGCGUAUGAAGAGUCAAUGUUUACAAGGGGUGACUAUACUUUUUUCAGGAAUUAUACCACUUGGAGUUAAUAUCGAUUCAGCUGAUAUUGUCAUCUGGUGUAAACAAUUUGGAGUCAAAGUUGUAAAUGAGGUUUAUCCUGAAGUAACUCAUGUUGUUUGUCGUGAUGUUUCACCUGAAACAGGACCUACUUUUAAAACUAGAGUUGCACAUAAAUUGUAUCCUGAUUCGAUAAAGAUAGUUAACCCUGAUUGGUUAUUCUCAUGUUUAAGUACAUGGACAAAAGUUGAUGAAGAAGAUUAUUUAGUCUCUACUUCUGAUCCCAAAUUGUGGUUUGUCAAACCAAAUGAAAUUGAAAAGUAUAAAAAGAAGUUGGAAGAAGCUAAGCAAACAACUAAUUUCGAAAUAGAUCCCUUAAGUGGUAAUGGUGAAGGAUGGAAUGGAGGUAGAUCCAAUUCGAUCAACUCAAUUGAAGAUUACGGUUUGGAUGAGGCUGAUCAAGAAGUGGACGAUUUCCUAGCUGGACUCAGUGAUGAUGAUAAUGAAGAUGACAAUCAUGGAAAUGAAGAGGAUGAAGGAGAUGACGACGAAGAAGUCACCGCUACUUCUGAUGGCAAUGACUCCUUCAUACGAGAUAUAUAUAAGAAGAAGAGAACCGUCACCCAAGUGGAAGAGGAAGAUGAUGACAGUGACCAAGAGGAUCUGAUGGAUGUGGAUGAUAACAAGAAACGAAAGAUAAAUUCAAGUGGUGGUGAUGAUGGAGAACAAGAUGUUAAUGAUAAUGAGAUUGAUGAUUUGGAACAAGCUUUACUAGAUGGUUUUGAUGAUCUAGAGGAGUAA